UGCAGUAAUUAUGCUGAGUCACAAUAAAUUUAUCUAAUAUUUAAGUCUUUUUCUUUAAUAAUAUUCCUUAUCGUAAAGUUAUUCAUGGUUUCCUAGUAUUUUGUAACAGUAACCUAUAAUUAUAGUAUAAUUAUUGAUACCACAUAUGCAUCUGUUUUAAACUUAUAAUAUAUGAUUUUUGAGAAUACAAACUUUACUACAACUUUAAACUUUACAACUUUGCUGAAAAAAUAAUAUACCUUAAUAUAAAGUGAUUGAUUUUGUUGAUUUACAACGAAUUUAAAACAGGGUACGUAAAAUAUCACAAACAAAAUCAUGAGCACAAAAUUCAUAUUUAUUGAAUCAAUGGAAAUUUUAAACAUAAUACCUCAAUAUCACACACUGCUAGGCACGUUCUUGAUUCUUUGGCUUGCUUGGUUUAUUGCUAAUAGACAUUAUAACAGACACGAAAGAGUGCCAACAGAAGAUGAAGUUGAAAAGAAACUUGCAGAAUGGAAACCUGAGCCAUUAAUACCUAAUCCACAAAUAAUUCAUCCUUCUCUAAAUCCAAGAUGUGUAACAUCUAGAGCUGGAAAAAGAAUAAUAGUCAAUGGUAAAGAUUGCUUAAAUUUAGGCACACACAAUUACUUAGGUUUAAUAGAAAAUAAAGAGAUAGAAAAAACAGCAAUAGCAACAGUCAGAAAGUAUGGUGUAGGAUCUUGCGGCCCACGUGGAUUCUAUGGCACUGUUGAUGUUCAUCUUGAAUUAGAAGAGCGUUUAGCAAAUUAUACAGAUACAGAAGAAGCUGUUGUAUAUUCAUAUGGAUUUAGUACAAUAGCAUCUGCAAUAACAGCAUAUUGUAAGCGCAAAGAUCUUAUAUUUGUUGAUCAAAAUGUAAAUUUUGCCAUACAAAAAGGAUUAGACGCAUCUAAAACUAAUGUUAAGUAUUUUAAACACAAUGAUGUGAAAGAUCUGCAUGAUCUAUUAAGAAAACAAGCAGAACUUGAUGAACAAAAUCCUAAAAAAGCAUCCAAAAUUAAACGCUUUUUAAUAGUUGAAGGUAUUUAUAUGAAUACUGGAAAGAUUUGCCCACUACCACAGUUAAUUGAACUUUGUAAAAAAUAUAAAUUAAGAAUAUUUAUUGAUGAAUCAAUAUCUUUUGGAACUCUUGGUGCACAUGGAAAAGGUGUGACCGAACACUUUGGUAUUCCUAGACACGAAAUUGACAUGAUUAUGGGAUCUUUGGAAACAGCUAUAGGAUCUAUUGGUGGUUUCUGUGUGGGCACAUCAUUUGUUAUUGAACAUCAUCGUUUAUCCGGACUUGGAUAUUGCUUUUCUGCAUCUCUGCCACCUCUUCUGACAUCAGCUGCUAUUACUUCCCUAGACAUUAUGAAAAAUAAUCCACAGAUAUUCCAAUCACUAAAAGCUAAUUGCAUAAUCAUAAGUAACGGACUUCUAAACAUUCCCUCUUUGGAAUGUUCAAGUUGUCCAGAGUCUCCAGUAAAGCAUGUCCAUCUGCAAGGAAAACUAGAUCACAAUACAGAAGCAAGAUUACUUUCCAAAAUCUCUGAAAGAUGUAUUGAAAAUAAUUUAGCUGUUAUAACUCCUGUCUAUUUAGAAGCAGAGAAACAUUUAGUCAGGCCUAGUCUUAGACUUUGCAUUUCUACUAUUCUUGAUAACAAUGAUAUUGAUUUUGCACUGAAUACAUUAAAAAAGUGUACUGAGGAAGUUCUAUCAUUGGAGGAAAAUCAAAAACUUUCGAAAACAAUGUUCUAAAAUUAACAGAAAUAUUCUACAUACAUACUAUUUAUUAACAUCCUUGUACAGUUAUGCAUUUAUUGUACAAACGCGAAAAGAUCUCCUGAUUGUACAAGCAAAGCAUUUCUCUAUUCUACAAAUAUUUUAUUUUUUAUUCAAUAUCAUGUCAUAUCCAAGCAAUUGUGAUAUGUUUUAUAUUUAAAAGAUUAAUUUAACAGUAUUUCUGGAUAUAUACAUUGUCUUAUAUUUGACUUUGAAGAAACAAACGAAUGCAAAGUACAAAAUAGAAUAUAUAAAAACAAGUUUGUUAUUUUGUAUUUUAACUAUUCAUAAAUUUAUUGUUUCACGUAUAUGCUUUAAAGAUACUUGUAUGAAAUUAUAUUUAAAAUUUACAUUACCUAAUUUAAUAUUAUGUAUCAGUGAUGUAUAAAUAUACAUAUCUUCUGCAAACUGCACUCGACAGAAACGUCAUAAGCGAUCGCACAA